AUGCUAUUCUACAGCGUAAAUUUAUCCGCAUCUGAAGCUGUCUCGAAGCGUGCUUCUUUAUCGCAAAUUGCUAAAUUAUUUGAUCCUUUGGGUUUACUUGGCCCUGUCAUCGUGUACGCCAAAAUAAUUAUUCAACUCUGCUGGAAGUUGGGCGUAACUUGGGAUGAAUCGGUUCCGUUAGAUAUUCAUAACAUGUGGGUAUCGUACCGCGAUCAACUACCUUCCCUGGAAAAGUUACGCUUUCCGCGUUGCCUUAUAAUUCCAGAGCUAAUUGACAUUCAGCUUCAUGGAUUUUGCGAUGCCAGCGAAAAGGCAUACGGCGGUUGUAUAUACGUGCGAUCCACUGAUCGGCAAGGUAUGGUGCACGUACGUCUUAUAUGCUUCAAAUCUCGCGUUGCACCGGUCAGUAUCGUAAGCUUACCACGGCUGGAGCUCUGUGGUGCGCUCCUGCUCUCGCGUCUGUGCGCUACGGUGCGGGAGUCUCUUCUACUUAAGAUUAACGAUAUUCAUCUGUGGUCCGACUCUACUAUCACCUUACAUUGGAUAAAUACUUCACCCCAUCUCCUUAAAACCUUCGUCGCAAACCGAGUCGCUGAAAUCCAGCGACUCACCGGCGCUUGUCACUGGCGGCAUACUCUAUCACAAGAUAACCCCGCAGACUUCGUACCCCGUGGUCAGCUUCCCUCGGAGUUUCUUCGAAAUCCCAUUUGGCCACAAGGUCCUUCCUGGCUAUUGCUCGAAGCUCAAGCUUGGCCGAGUGGAGUGUUAUCUCCUAUCGAUAUUCCCGAAUUAAAACCCUUGAAGCCCGACCAAGCUAUAUGCAUGAAUCUUACUGUAAAAAAUGACUGUCUGUUGGAAAAAUACAGCUCGAUGAGUAAGUUACAACGCGUGGUCGCUUAUGUGAUUAGAUUUAUACAUAAUACUAGAACUAAAUCCCCACGUAAGGGCUCGUUCUUGGGCGUUACAGAGCUUUCGAAAGCACAUGCUUUGAUUAUGAAGCUCACCCAAUUUUCAGCGUUUGGCAAGGAAAUAAACUGUUUAAAAAGAAAAAAUAGAAUUCCGGAAUCUAGCAAAUUAAUUCCCUUAACGCCAUAUCUUGACGAAGUUGACAUUUCAAAUAUCGUGUGUCUCACUCCCGCCCUUUUUUACGCACGGGAGUCGAUUAUUGUGGUCCGCUGUUUAUAA